AUGCGCCUCUCCUCGCCCCGCCCCCUCCCCGACAGGGGCGGAAGUGGGCGGGGCAGCGAGGCGGAGAACCCGGAGCCGGGACGGCGGCCGCCGCUGGAGACGCCGGAACUUUCGGGGGCCGGGGCUGCGGGCUGUGCCGGGGACGGCGGGACCGGACGCGUGCGCGCACCGAGGCGUCCGUCUCAGGCACCUGCACCGGGGCCGCGCGUUGUCGGGGCGGCGGGAAGCGCAAGUGGCAGGCGCCUCCGUCCGCGUUGCAUCGGGCGCGCUCCUCGCCGGCGCACGUCCUCCGGCGUCCUGGCGGCCCCGGCUGCGGUCGCGGCGGUCCGAGCUGCGGCCUGGCUGCUGCUCUGGGCGGCUGCGGAGCUCACCUGCCCGGCCUCCGGGGCCCUCCCCGCCGCCCAGGCCGACGCGGGCAUAAAGGCCAGUUGUUCUGAAAUUAUUUUGCGGCAAGAAGUUUUGAAAGAUGGUUUCCACAGAGACCUUUUAGUAAAAGUGAAAUUUGGAGAAAGCAUUGAGGACUUACAGACCUGCCGACUCUUAAUUAAACAAUGCAUUCCAGCGGGACUUUUUGUGGAUCCAUAUGAGUUGGCUUCAUUACAGGAGAGAAACAUAACAGAGGCAGUCAUGGUUUCAGAAAAUUUUAAUAUAGAAGCUCCCAAUUAUUUGUCCAAGGAAUCUGAAGUUCUCAUUUAUGCCAGACAAGAUUCACAGUGCAUUGAUUGUUUCCAAGCUUUUUUACCGGUGCACUACCGCUACCAUCAGCCACAUAGUAAAGAUGGAGAAACCUUUAUUGUGGUCAGUAACCCUGAUUUACUGAUGUAUUGUGACCAAGAGUUUCCAAUUUUGAAAUGCUGGGCUCAGUCAAAAGUGGCAGCUCCUUGUGCUUUGAAGAGUAAGGAUAUUUGCCAGUGGAACAAUAUGAAAUAUAAAUCAGUGCAUAAGAAUGUGACUCUACAGGUUCCAGUGGGACUGACUGUACAUACCACUUUAGUAUGUUCUGUCACUCUGCUUAUUACCAUCCUGUGCUCUACUUUGAUUCUUGUGGCUGUUUUCAAAUAUGGCCAUUUCUCUCUAUAAGUUUUCUGCAAUUAAAUGUUUUCCAUAAACCUAAAUAAGACC